AUCGCUACCUAAAAACCCACAAGCAAUCUGAAACCUUUCUCCUUUUUUUCUUUCUUGUUCACAUCCCCACACCCACAAUCUGCCAUGGCGACUCUCAAAGCUUCGUUUUUGCUCAAAACCCUCGACAGUGACGUCGGCGGGGAUGUUCUCUCCGAUCUGGAACGCCGUGGGUCAGGUGCUAUUCAUGUUAUCAUGGGUCCUAUGUUUUCUGGGAAAUCCACCUCUCUCCUUCGCCGAAUCAAGUCAGAGAUCAGCGACGGAAGAAGUGUUGCGAUGUUGAAAUCGAGUAAGGAUACGAGAUACGCCAAAGAUUCGGUGGUGACACAUGAUGGAAUUGGAUUCCCUUGCUGGGCUCUUCCAGAUCUCAUGUCAUUUCCUGAGAAAUUCGGACAAGAUGCUUAUAACAAGCUUGAUGUGAUUGGUAUUGAUGAGGCUCAGUUCUUUGGAGAUCUUUAUGAGUUUUGCUGCAAAGUCGCUGAUGAUGAUGGUAAAACUGUGAUCGUUGCUGGCCUAGAUGGUGACUAUCUAAGGAGGAGCUUUGGUGCUGUACUUGACAUUAUACCAAUAGCUGACUCUGUGACUAAGCUAACUGCAAGGUGUGAGGUUUGUGGACAUAAAGCUUUCUUCACUCUAAGAAAGAAUUGUGACACCAGAACUGAGCUUAUCGGUGGAGCUGAUGUCUACAUGCCUGUAUGUCGCAAGCAUUACAUCACUAAUCAUAUUGUCAUUAAAGCUUCUAAGAAAGUGUUGGAAGAUUCUGACAAGGCAAGAGCUGUAUCCUGUGUUGCUGCUACCAUCUAACUAUAAAUGAUAUGGAACAAGUAACAUCUGUUAUAGUUGAAUUUUCUUCUUUUCUGCUUGUUUUUUUUUUUACUGGUCUGGUUUAUCCUCAAUGUUGUCUUUGAAAUGCACUUGUGAUGUUCCUUGUAUAUAUGUAUAAGUUUGAUGCUUUCUCUAUAUCUGCUGGUCCAUGUUUUAUGCUUUCUACUGGCGAUAUUCACGAAAUUUUCUCAUCGAUUUUUAUACUUUCAUAAUCUUACUGGGUACCUGAAGCAACCUAUUGGCAUAAUCUGUUAGAUACAACAGCCUCUUAGUACUUAGUUGGUCUAAAGACACCUGAUCUCUCUCCAUUUUCCAAGACUUUGGUUUCUCGAGUUGGACUUACAAUUUUGCUUAUGAGAGGUUGUUGUGUGACAGAAGCAUUUCUUUCAUCAGAUCCUGUUCUGAUACUUUUGGAUUCGCAUUCCUCCAUUGUUGCAUUGCUCUGUCUGCUUUAAGAAGCACUGUUUUCUUGAUCCACCUUCAUCAUUGAAAAGGAUCUCUAGGGAGCAAUUAUUAAUCCCAGAUAAGUCUCCACUGUUGUGAAUCUCGAAUCACUCUGGACCAAGAACAUAAUAGAUCUUGACAUUUAUG